AUGAAGUCGAACUCCAGCUCCUCGUCGUCCACCCGUCGUCUUCUUACGGCUGCCGCUAUCGUCGGUCUCACAGCGUCCUCCGUCGUUUCAGCUACGCCCGAGACGAACGCCACGAGCGCCGCCGGACGUGGACUGGACUUGGACCACCGCAUCGGACCCAACGCCAAGCCGAGCGAGUGGAACUGGAACGACCUGUCCAACAAGAACUGGAUCUUCGACCACCUCAUGAAGAACAAGGGAUCGCUCAACUACUGCGUGCGCUGGGACAGCGACACCAAGCUCACCAAGAGCGUCGCGUCCAAGUUCCAGGCCAUACUCAACCGCCAGUACAAGGCGUGGAACCAGUGGCUCGUCGGCUACGACUGCUGGCCGUACAGCCAGAUCGACGUCAAGAUCGUCGGCUUCGCUGUCAAGGACAAGUCGCAGCUCGACUGGAGCGACGACUCCCUCGGCAAGAUUUACGCCGGCGACCUCGACUCGGACGGCGUCCCGCAGUGUCCUCAAAGCUGCUACCGGUUCUACGACAACGCCGCGGGCGCCUGGGCGGACACCAGUUCGUGCCAGGACCAGGUGUGGGACAUCUCGCUCUGGCCGAAGCAGGGUCUGGACGGUGGUUUCGGUGACGACUGGGGCCAGGAAGUCAACCUCGAGAACAUGCUCGCCGCCCUCGACAACGACCAGCUUACGAUUGUCGCCCACGAGAUCGGCCAUGGCUUUGGCCUGCCGGACUUCUACGAGGAGGCUGACAUGCCCAACUCUAACUUCCCUGUUUGCAUCAUGAGGGCCGGCAGCUCGAUGACCAUCACGCCUGGUGAUGGCUGGAUGCUGCGCCGUGUGUGGGAGCACCUCAAGCCCCGCUACAACGUCUGGGGGUUCUAG